CAGCUCGUGCUCCGUGGCUCCAGACAUCAAUCUUGUUGGUUGACAACGGCUUGCAUUGUGCUCAGAGUCCCGCUUGACUCUCGUUGAACUUGUCAACGCAUUGGCGUUGGCAUUUGCCCCCCCCGUGACUGUCCUCGAUGCCGUGACUUCCCCAGGUCGGCUCCUGGGCGUGAGUGAAGGCAGCCUCAGGUCCGGUGUCAGGGUUGACGACUCCUAAACACCAUGUAUAUUUAUAUCCAUCAUCAGCACCACCUGUCGCAGGCGUCACCAGCAAGUCUCCAAACAAUUUUGGUCUGCAAAGAUUGAUUCAUCGACAUCCUCUGCUCCUCACGGUUUACCUAGGCCAUCACAAGCUAUACUGUCAUCAGAGCUCAAAGCUCUGACGCAUUCCUCAACAGACAAUCAAGAUGCUGAGGAUAAAUUCUCGAACUCGUCGGCCUGUUCAACUUAACCCAUAUCGAUUCAGAAUUCUACCGCCAGAAAAACCAAGGAAAACAAAAGCCCAAAACAUGGCAUCAACCACUUCUGCACCUCUGAUCCCGGUGAGGAUCAUGCCUGACAUUUAUGUGUCAAACAUCAAUACUGCACGUGCAGUCUUAAGUCCCAAUUACCCAGCCCCCGGGAGACCCAAGAUCCGCUACGUUCUUUCAUUGCUCAACGAAAAAAGCCAGCAACCCCUGAUCCCCGCUGGGCAGGAGGAAAACUUUGUCCUCCAUUUUAUCCCGCUUCGUGACGACGAGACGGCUAAUUUGUUGGCGGUUCUUGAUGAAGCCAUUGACUUCAUAGUCGCGGGUCUCAAGAAGAAGGAUGGGGGAAUUCUCAUCCAUUGCAAUCGAGGGGUCUCCAGAUCGGCUGCCGUUGCAGUGGCAUUUUCCAUGGAUGAAAUGAAUCUCGACUACCCUACUGCUAUGCGUUACGUCCGUGGGUCACGACCUAGGGCCAAUCCCAACGCAGGAUUUGUACGACAGCUGGAGUUGUGGCAUCGCCUGGGUCGCAAUAUCAGGACCGACGACGGCAAGCUCAAGGACGAAUACGUAAAGUUCAAGGAUCAGGCCAAGAUUGGCUAAGUUUUCUUGUGAUCGGAUGGCCUACUGUGGAUUUGACGUGGAGAGCUGGCGAGAGGUGGAUGGUUCGAUCCCAGCGGCUCUCCGUCCUUGGGGAUUGUUGAUGCAUCCAAAUUUUGAAUCUCUAGUGGUGUCAAAACACAGCAUCAAAAUAGAGAUACGAUGAUGGUCAUUGCAAUUCUUUGUCAAGGUGAUCAUCGCUUCUCUUGUUGUCUCCCUCAACCGGCCAGCACACAGCAUAAUUGCCCGACAAUUACUGGGCUCCGUUUUGGUGAUUACCUGGUAGGUAGGAUGAUGUGUCUAGUCAUGACCACUGAACUUAUCCGUCCCUGAAUACCCUAAGAUAUGAAGGUCGUUGUGAGACAUACGAAGCAGAUUGGGAGUUAUCCACCUUCUGCAGGCCGGGCUCCUUCAAGGUUCUCC